UUUCCCAACCCCCUCCCCCCCAACAAUUUUAUUUCCUGCUUCCUUAAGACUCUAUUAAUCACAGCGAGCGCGCCUUCCGCACAGCUGCUCUGCCUCCGACUACUUCACUCUCAUUUUCCACUGAGCAGGUUCUCAUUCAUUCAUGAUUGGUACUCAGCCCCAGUCCCAUGCCUCCCGGGAGACCCACCCCAUGCCUCCCGAACUGGAGUUUAGUAUGCACGGGGAGGGGAGGUAUUGAGACUCAGCCCCACAGGCGGCUGGCUGACUGGCUCGCACCAUCAUCGGGGACGCGAGUAAGGAUUAGCCCGAUGUGUUGAUGGGGCUGAGCUCCAGUAAAUAUUUUGAUGCAUCUGCUUUCAGCCCUGGUCUGAGGGAAUCUACCUGGCAUUAUCAUUUGACGGGGAGCUGUUUUGAAUGAUAACAGAGCAGCUGCUUGUGUGAGUCAGUGCAUGUGUGUUGACUGAAGAGGAGAAAAAAAAAUCUACAAACCCAACGUUUGCUGAAUACCAAGCUGCAGUGUUGGCUGCCCCCUUUUCUUUCUUUCUUUCUUUCUUUUCCUUUUCCUUUUUCUUCUUCUUCUUCUUUUUUUUUUCAGUAGACAAGCCAAACUGAUCUCUUUCUAAAAGAGGGGGAGGGGCGGGGGAAGUAGGAGAUCCAAAGUAACACACAACUACCAGUGAUCAUGGGGGCUGUGAUGGGCACCUUCUCCUCUCUGCAGACCAAACAAAGGCGACCCUCCAAAGACAUCACCGGCUGGUAUUACCAGUAUCAGAGAGAUAAAAUUGAGGAUGAGCUGGAGAUGACCAUGGUGUGCCAUCGGCCUGAAGGACUGGAACAGCUUGAGGCACAGACCAACUUCACCAAGAGAGAGCUUCAAGUCCUGUACAGAGGCUUUAAAAAUGAGUGUCCCAGUGGGGUGGUUAAUGAAGAAACAUUCAAACAGAUAUACUCCCAGUUUUUUCCACAUGGAGAUGCAAGCAUGUAUGCUCAUUAUCUCUUCAAUGCCUUUGAUACCACACAGACGGGUUCUGUAAAAUUUGAGGAUUUUGUAACUGCUCUUUCGAUUUUGCUGAGAGGAACGGUCCAUGAGAAACUGAGGUGGACAUUCAAUUUGUAUGACAUCAAUAAGGAUGGCUAUAUAAAUAAAGAGGAGAUGAUAGAUAUUGUCAAGGCCAUUUAUGACAUGAUGGGGAAAUACACUUAUCCUGUGCUCAAAGAUGACACUCCAAGACAACAUGUAGAUGUGUUUUUCCAGAAAAUGGACAAGAACAAAGAUGGUGUCGUGACUUUAGAUGAAUUUCUUGAAUCCUGUCAAGAGGAUGACAACAUCAUGAGGUCCCUUCAGCUCUUUGAAAAUGUCAUGUAACCAUAAAUUAGCAAGCAAGUCAUCUGGACAUCAGAGACAUUGUACCAGAAAAAAAAAAAAAACAAACUCAAGAAACUGAACAGUUCUCAGUUCAGAUUUUACAUACCAAGUCAGCAGAAAAGCUUUUAAAGAAGAACUUUGGGGGCAUUUACCACUUGGUAAUUCCUCUGGACAUCCACCACCUGCCUCAGUCUCUGAAUGCUAAGAACCCUGCCUAUUCUUCCUUCGUUUUCUCAAGACACAAUGAUGGAAUUUUAUUUCAUUUCAAAAGCAUGUGAAUCUCUUCAGGCCACUACCACCAUGGACAGAUCCCUCUGCUCAAAGCUUUAUUGCUAGUACACAGUAAUCUGUGUGUGCUCCCACAUGCCCCCAACUGAAAGGUUCCCAUACUCAAUGAUGCCAGGAGCACCAAGUGGUGAGCUUGCUCUGAUGUUUGCCUGCUGUGAGUGGAAGCUACUCAGCUCAUCCUUCAGUGUCAUCCUAUACCAACAUACCUUUUCAUUAAAACUAAAAACUAAAACUUGUUCAGUAAGGUCAAACCAGUGCUAUACUCAGAAAACCAGCAUCGGAUUGGUUCCCUUUCCAGUACUUUAGGGGAUGGGUCUGGUUGAUUAAAAAUGACAUUCUCAUGAUCCAAAUUUCCUUGGUGUUUCUAUACAUGAAGGCCAUUUACACUGUUCUGGCAAUUCAAUCUCCAUCUUUCCUGGGAGGAAAAAGGAGGGGAUGAACUGGACCUAUGUAUGACCUAUGGCACACACUAGUGCUCUCUGUAGCAGCAUUUCCUUCUACCCUAAAGCCCAGCACUGCAUGUUCCACCCAGCUGCCCUUGCCCAAGGUCGUCUCUAGAUCCUUGUAAUUUUAUACCAUGUUCUAAUCAAUAAACAUACCUGUUUCUUA